GCCUCGCCAUCGCAGGCAGCAAUUGCCGAUAGCGCACAAGAUUGACGAGUCGGUUCGCGGGCCAGUUCUGCGAUUGCGAGCGUUUGUGGCACUGCCGCGUCGUGUCCCACUGUUCACAGUUCGGUUGGUGCUCUGUUGCUGCUUCCCGCCGGAUAUUCGUCUGCCUGCCUGGGACUACGUUGCUACCUGUUGAGCUGUUGACCUCCAGCCAUGGCGAAGGAUCAGCGUUCGUUCCUCCGUCGCAACCUCCUCACCAUCCUGACGGUGAUCGGCGUCGUGGGCGGUUCCGUCACGGGCAUCAUCCUCAGGAAUGCGUUGGGCAAAUGGAACAAGCGAGACACCAUGUACCUGGCGUUUCCCGGAGAAAUCUUCCUCAGGAUGCUGAAAUGUCUCAUCAUUCCAUUGCUCAUGUCGUCCGUGAUUCACGCCAUCGGCUCGUUGGACCUGAGCCUGUCGAGGAAGAUAGCCUUCAGGUCGAUAUUCUACUAUUCGGCGACGACGGUCUCUGCUGUCAUCUUGGGUAUGAUUCUGGUGGUGACCAUUAGGCCGGGAGUGGGCGUGAAACCCAUGGAGGCGUCUAAUGAGAAGUAUGUGACCCGGGAGGUCCUCACCCAGGAUACUUUAUUGGAUCUGAUAAGAAAUGUAUUCCCUCCCAAUAUAGUCCAGGCGUGUGUUUCACAGUCUCAAACAUAUCUGAUAAAGCCAGAAAACGCUUCGCUUCCGUCAAAUCAAACAAAUCAUACAAUUGUAAAGAACUUAGAGACGUGGUCCUUUGAAGAACGAUACGAAUCCACUACUAACGUCCUUGGAUUGGUUACAUUCGCCAUCAUAUUCGGCAUAGCCCUGGGAAAAUUAGGAGAGAGGUCGAAGCCAUUGCUGGAUUUCUUUGAAGCCGCCAGCGAAGCUAUGAUGAUCAUCACCAAUUGGGUAAUUUGGUUGUCUCCUUUGGGUGUCUACUUCUUGGUGACGGCCAAAGUAAUGGAGAUUGAAAGUUUCCUGGACUUGAUUGGACGUCUUGGACUGUACUUUACCACGGUCCUCUUGGGUCUGGCCAUCCACGGAUUUGGUACCUUGUCUCUGAUCUACUUCAUAGCUGUGAGGAGGCUGCCUUUCAAUGUCAUAGCAGAGCUCAGUCAAGUGUUGGUCACCGCUUUCGGAACAGCAUCAAGUUCUGCAACCAUGCCAAUUACCAUCCAGACAAUGGACAAAAUGGGGUUGGACCCUAGAGUGACCAGAUUCGUAAUUCCAAUUGGAGCCACCAUAAACAUGGAUGGGACAGCAUUGUACGAAGCAGUGGCAGCUAUCUUCAUCGCUCAACUAAGGGACAAGCCUCUCACUUUUGGAAAAACUGUAGCUGUAUGUGUAACGGCGACGGCAGCUAGCAUCGGGGCGGCGGGGAUUCCACAAGCCGGCCUCGUCACUAUGGUGAUGGUGCUCGACACAGUCGGACUCCCUUCAGAAGAUGUAAUCAACAUCAUAGCCGUGGAUUGGCUGCUUGACCGCUUCAGGACUACAAUCAACGUGAUGUGCGACUGCCUGGGAGCUAAACUAGUCGACAUACUGAGUGCGGGAGAACUAGGAGAUCCCGUUACAUCAGUAGAUCGAGUAAAUGCAGAACCCCAAGAACUCGUAGAACUCAAACACGACAGUCGAAUUUAAGAGUUGAUCUUUUUAAAUAAAUAUACUGUUCUGCAUGCGUUAUCAAAUAGUUCAAUUGUUGGUCGAGCGCAUUCCCCUUUUUCCGAUACAAUUCCUACAAUGGUUUAGUUGUAACGCAUGCUCAUAUCUUAAAUGUACGAAAUAUUUCGAUGUAUACCUGUUGACCCCAAGAGUUACUGUUAACCAGAUCGCUGUCAAUGUACAAUAUAUACGUAAUUGAAUUUUAGCAAGAGUUUAAAGCUUGACAAUAAAGAGUAAUAUAAUAUCUGUACAAAAAUAGAGAACAUUAUUGUAUCCGCGUAACAUUGUUUUCAGUGUACAUAUCAUUAAUGGUAAAUUGGUUGUAUUCUUAAUUAUUAGUUUUUAUAUUAUUUAUAAGUACAAAAGAUUAGUACACAAAGAACUAUUUUUCGGGCUUUAAAAGUGUCAUAUUUUUCGAUUAAAAUGUUUAUCAAGUUAUUUAAUAUGAAUUUUUCAAAUAUUCCGGUGCAACUUGGAAAAUUUACAUGUUUAUCCGUCAAGGCAGUCAGGAGAGUAGUUACUCUGGGAUUAAGUUGUUACAACGCAUCCCGGGGUUACUAAUCCAAAAUCAAACUGUAGGUAACUGUUGUGAAGACGUUUCGUCUCUAAACGUAUGCAUGAGUGUAUGCUUCACUUUUUCCGUUAACUUUGUUUUAGGUUAGCACUGAUCUAACAUUUUGUUAUACUCAUAUCAAGUUAGGGACCAAAUUUACUUUUAUUUAAGUACAUACGAAUAUACUGUUGUUUUUGUUAAUAGUUUUUAUAUAAAUAUAUAUAUUUAUUUUCUAGUUGUGCAAUUCGUUGAGGUCGAUCAUAAACUAUACAAGUUAGUAGAAAAAUAUUGGUGCAUAUUUUCUAAAAGACCAAAUCUGGAAUAUAAUUCUAGUUUUUGUUUUUUUUUUUGUUUAAAUAUACUCAGCGAAUUGUAAUACUGAAAUCGAUAUUAUUGGUCUGCACGACAAUAACUGCCUUUAUUAUAUAAUUAAAAUAUUGUUUUAGUUUUUUAAGAGUAGCAUAAAAUGUGCCAUAAUAUAUUUUAAGGGACCCAUCUAAAUGCGAAACAUUAUAUGUUUUGAAUUUGGUUAGGUAUUUCGCUUCAAUCAUUUUGUUUUUAAGUUUGUUUUGAUAUUUGACUUAUAGGAAUAAAGUGUAUAACUGAU